CUCAAUUAAAUUCAUAUGUUCUAAUUCUUAUAUUUUGCAGGUAAAUUCCCUUAAUAAAUGAGAUUGUAAAAGCAAAUUUUAAAGUGAUCAGCCAGGAACCAAGGUUUCAGAAAUGAAGAAAAAACAGAAGUUCCAUAAAUUUCUGAAUUCUGUUGUCAAGUCCCAUGGAGAUAAUGAGGAGGAUAGGAAAGAAAUGGAAAAUGAUAUGAAGAAAAUGUUGGAGCUGUUUGAGAACAACAGUGAAGAUGUAUCUGAUCGGUCUGACUUCUUUUCUCUUGUAAAUGACAUUAAAAAAAGAUAUCAUGCUCUGUAUGGGAGGCAUGAUGGAUUGAUUAGUAAGAUAAAGAACAAAGUUCACCAGAGAAAAGGUGAAUUUAGUUCAGGACCGUCUGAUUCAGGGUCAGAUGAUUCCUCUGAUGAGGAUGGACCAAAUGAGAUUGAAGAACAAAAGCAGCAAUCUUUAGAGGAUUACCAAUCUUUUAAGGAGCAGAUAGAUAGUUUGAGUAAACGAAAUACUGAACUUGAGGCUCAGGCUACUUCAAUGCAGACAAAGCUGGAAGAAAGUCAACAUCUGGCAGGUGAAUUGAUAGAAAAGGGAACAGUCAUUGUGAAAUUGGAAGAUGAACUUCAAGCUUUGAGGAAUAGUCUGAAGCUCUUAGAUGCUGAAAAUGAGUUUCUCAAGACACAAACGGAGAAAUCAAAAGAGCAAGAAGAUAAGUUGAGCCUUCAGGUAAGUGGUUUACGGGAAGAAAAUGAAGUCUUAAAGUCAGAGAAAGAAAAAGUUUCCAGAAUGCUCUUUCAGGCUGACAACUCCAUUAUAGAGCUUAAAUUUGAACUUGAAAAGAUGGAGGAUGCUGGGAAACUAAGAGAAGACAACAGUUUCUUGCUGGAAGACCUAGAUAAAAAAGCUCACGAAAUUGCACACCUGAAUCAGCAAAUAGGGUUGACAGGUGAGGAACGGGAAACUUUAAGAGUUGAGGUAACAAAACUUGAAUCAGCCAAUGACAGUCUGACGUCUGAAAAUGCAAGGAUUCUCUUUGAGAUUCAAAAUCUGAAGGCUCAGAAGGAAGCUGCUAUUCAGCAGGUUUCUAAUCUGAAUGAUAAGUUAUUGAUGUUGGAGGGAGAGAAUGAUGCCCUAAAGUCUCAGGUUCUAAAUUUAUCGACCCACAUGCAAGAGGCCGAUGAUAACAUAAAGGAUUUGACAAUUGAAUCCGGACUUCUGAAAGGGGAUAUCUCAAAGUUGCAUGAUACAAUUACUGAUCUAAAUCAUCAGCUAAAAGUUAAAGAUGAUGAAAAUUGUACAAUGAAAUUGGAAUCUUCAGAAUCUAGGAAAGUGGUCCAGCAGGCAGAGGAAAGAAUUAUGAUUCUAUCAGUGGAAGCAGAAAGGUUGAAGAGUGAAAACUCCAUGCUUUUGACAGGACUUGAAAAUUUAAAGCUAGAGCUGGAAGUUGAUAACCAGGAACUGUCGAAACUUAAACAAUCGUUAGAAACAACAGAAUCUAAAAUGAAUUCACUGAGGGAAGAGAACACUCUCUUGUUGAAUUGGCAUGAAAACUUAAAGCUGGAGCUGGAAGGUAAUAAUCAGGAACUGUCAAAAAUGAAACAGGCCUUGGAAACAACAGAAUAUGAAAGGAAUUCACUAAUUGAAGAAAAAACAGCUCUUUUGAGCAAGAUAAAUGAGGGUGGGAUAGUCAUUGAUGCUCUCAGAGCUCAGAUAGAGGAGGUAGAAAGUGAAAAAUCUCAGUUGCAAUUGAAAAUCAGUAAUCUGGACUUUGAAAUCCAAUCUGCCAAUCACCAAUUCACUGAUGUGAAAAAUGCACUUGUUGCUGCUGAAGAAGAGAAAAAGGCAUUAGUCUCAGAAAAUUCAGUAAUUAAAAGCAAACUACAAGAAGCAGAGUUUACGAAAGAGAGAUUACAGACUGAGUUGGGGGAAUUGAAUCAGAAGAACUCAAUCCUUCUGAGCAAGAUAGAGGAAGUUGAAAAGGAUAUGAUAAUUGAGUCCGGACUUCUGAAAGAGGAUAUCUCAAAGUUGCAUGAUACAAUUAUUGAUCUAAAUUAUCAGCUGAAAGUUAAAACUGAUGAAAAUUAUGCAAUUGCAUUGGAAUCGUCAGAAUCUAAGAAUAUGAUCCAGCAGGCAGACGAAAGAAGUACGAGUCUAUCAGCUGAAGCAGAAAGAGUGAAGAGUGAAAACUCCAUGCUUUUGGCUGGACAUAAAAAUCUGAAUUUAGAGUUGGAAAGCAAUAACCAGGAAUUGUCUAUACUUAAACAAGCCUUGGAAGCAACAGAAUCUGAAAUGAAUUCACUAAGAGAAGAAAAGUCCUUGUUGUUGUCUGGGCAUGAAAAUCUGAAGCUGGAGUUGGAAGGUAAUAAGCAGGAACUGUUAAAACUUAAAAAAGUUUUGGAAUCAACAGAAUUUGAAAGAAAUUCACUAAUUGAGGAAAAAUCAUCUCUUUUGACCAAGAUAAAUGAGGAUGGGAUGGUCAUCGAUAAUCUCAAAGCUCAGAUAGAAGAGGUUGAAAAUGAAAAAUGUAAGUUGCAGCUGAAAAACAGUAAUCUGGACCUUGAAAUACAAUCAGCCAAUCUCCAAUUCGCCAAUGUGAAAAAUGCACUUGUGGCUGUUGAAGAAGAGAAAAAGGCAUUACUCUCAGAAAAUUCUGUAGUUGAAAGCAAGUUACAGGAAGCAGAUUUUACGAAAGAGAGAUUACAAAGUGAGUUGGGGGAAUUGAAUCAGAAAACCUCUAUCCUCUUGUGCAAGAUAGAGGAAGCUGAGAAGGCUUCAAAUGAUUUCAAGUUUCAAAGAGAUGAACUAAUAACUGAUAAAGCACAAUUGGAGAUUAAAGUAAAGGAGUUGAUAACGGAACUGGAAGCAGCAGACAUUCGGCUGAAUCAUCUUGAAAAACUCAUUACUUCUGCUGAGGAAGAAAAGACAAAGUUCGUAUCAGAAGUUUCAGUUCUAACAGGCAAAUUACAGCUGGCUGAGGCUGACAAUGAGAAACUAGAAAGAGAGAGAGAGCUGUUAAGAGAUGAAAAUAUUGCUUUCCAGCAAAAUCAGGAGGGACUGCAAAACCAGAUGGUUGAGCAUUACAAAAAAUUGGAAGAUACAUUGAGUGAAAUGCAAAGUCUGAAGGAUAAAUUAGAAGUAACACAGCAUGAAGUUUUGCAUGAGGUUCAAACUUGGACUGAUGCCUUCAAAGGAGAUCUCCUAAAGAUGGUCACUGAGAAAGGUGAUUUAGAUCAAGAGCUAAAAAAGCUGAUUGACGUAUCCUCAGAGAACGAAUUGUCGCUGAAAGAAAUGGAAGAUAGAUUAAGGCGUAAAAUCUCAGAUCAGGAAACUCUCCUCAAAAGUUAUGAGGAAUUGUUUACCAAGCAUAAGCAGCUAGAAGACAGCUAUUGCGAGUCCUGUGCAAAAUUGGACGCUGCAGAGAAGAAGUUGGAGCAAAUGGAAAUGAUCCAGAGAUUAGAACAAAUCUGUGCAGACCAGAAAAAUAACAUUGAUGAGUGCCGUGAAAACUGCAGGGAGCAAUUGGAAAAGCUCUCAUCCGCAGAAUUAGGAAAAGGAGAUGCUGAGAAAGAGAUCCAAAGGCUUGAAGUCCAGCUUCGAUUGUCAAACCAGAAACUUAAGAUCGCUGAAACUGAAUACAAGGAGAAGGAAGAGAACUGCAAGAGGUUGGUUGCAGGAUUACAAGAAGAACUUGAAUUACUCGACAGAUAUGCUUUGAUAUGGUCAAGAAACUCUACCGAGUUAAACAAUGAGUUCAAGCAAAUUAAAGUGGUACUAGAGACUGGUUUGAGAACUUUGGUAGAUGAGCUUCAUGAACUGCAGUUAAUAUCACUAGGGAACGUAAGUCAUAUAAAAAAACAGCUAGCCGAAUGCCUAGUUGAGCUACGGACCUUAAAGAUUUCAUUAGAAGCAGAUGGACUGGCAUACAAGGAAGAGAUCAUAUUGAAGUUGAAGGAUGAAGCAAGUCGAAAUCGAGCCAAUUUGGAUGAGAAGGAAAAAGAGCUAAGGAUCCUGGAGAGCAGGGUUGCCGAGGCAGAGAAGAAUCUGAAAGAAAAGGAAAGGAUGGUUGUAGACAAAGAUGAAGAGAAAAGGGAGGCCAUACGGCAACUUUGCUUGGUGAUCGAGUACCACUGGGAAAAUCGAAAUUAUCUGAUCAGGUACCUGUCAACAGUGCUCGGAAGCAGAGGAACUGCAUGAAAACGGUAUUUAUCUCCUUCUACACUUAAAAAAAAUAGAGUCAAUAGGCCCAUACCAUGCUUCAAAACUUUGUUAAAUGUGUCUUCAUAGUUAAAGCAAUCAAUUAUUCAUUAUUUUAAACUUGGUAUUGCAAUGUAAAGAGCUAUAUUAUAGAGAACUCAAGAGCCCUUUGAUGUAGUCAUGUAUCUUUAUAUAUUUGUUAUUAAAAAAUUCAGUUUUUUUUUUUA